AUGGCCAACUUAUUAUCCUAUGCGGUUGGCAUAUUUCCAACACCGACUGCAAGAAUCCCAGUUGUGGUGCUUGGCUUGGGACUGAUUACGAUAGUCGUCGUCUUCCUCGCCCGGCAGCUAGUAUUCCAUCCUCUGGCUGCUUACCCCGGUCCGUUUUUGGCAAAAUGUACCGAUCUCUAUGCCGCGUGGCACGCGUGGAGGGGCACGCUUCACCUUGAUAUGUACCGCUGCCACAAGAAAUAUGGGCCGGUCGUACGUUACGCGCCAGGACGUCUGCUUAUCAACAGCAAUACUGCUGUCAAAGCCAUUAGCUCCCACGGCGCCAACGUCAUCAAGUCCAAGGCCUACGGCGCGCUUGUACACGGCGCGCCUAACACUCUCACCCUCCGUAACAAAAAGGAGCACGCGAGACGACGAAAGAUACUGAGCAUGGCUCUCUCCGAUGCCCAGAUGCGCCUGUACGAGGCCAAGAUGCUGGAGCACAUCGAGGCGAUGUGCUCGAACCUUGACGACGCAAGCGCAGCAACAAACGACUCGCCGGAUGAGAGCGCGGCGCCAUCGUCAAGAGCCUUGGACAUGGCUGUUCUGUGCGAGCACUUGACCUUCGACGUCAUCUGCGAUAUCGCCUUCGGCCUGUCUCCGAACACGCUCAAGAACGACAAGUACCGCUUCGUCCCGGCGUGCAUCACCGAAUCCAACGUGCGGAUCGGUGCCUUGGUUCAGGCAAGCAUCUUGUCCAUCGCGAAGCUGGACAAGUAUCUGUUUCCCCAGUCCAUCAAGGCCCGGAACCGCUUUCUUGGCUUCCUCGUAUGGCUUAUCAGGACUCGCAAAGGCUUGUCUCCCAGUCCGGGUGCCAAACGCAGCGACGUCUUUUCCUACGUGGAGACGGCCAAGAACCCAGAUGAUGGCUCGAUGCUGAGCAGGGAUGAGGUCCAGGCCGAAUCAGCCACCCUCAUUGUCGCUGGCUCGGACACCACAUCCACGACAGUCGCAGCAACACUGUUCUAUCUGACCGGCAACCCUCGGGCAUACGAUCGGCUGCGAAAGGAGGUCAGAACAGCGUUCCGGUCCGCCUCCGAAAUCCGUACCGGAGACCAAGUGAACUCGUGCGUCUUCCUACGCGCGUGCAUCAACGAGGCCCUCCGCAUGUCGCCCCCUGUAGGCGGGGCGCUCUGGCGCGAGGUUCUCCCCGGGGGGUUGACCCUCGAGGUCGGGUCCCGAGGCGGCUCGCAGCCGAGCCAGACGGUCUUCGUGCCGCCCGGCGUCGACGUCGGGACUGGGAUCUACAGCCUCCACCGCCAUGAGGACUACUUCGACUCACCCUCGGAGUACCGCCCCGAGAGGUGGCUUGUCGCAGGAGAGAACGGCGGCGGCGACCAGGCUGAUGGCGCCGCCACGGCGGAGGCCGUGGACCUGGCAUGGAGCGCAUUCUUCCCCUUCUCCAGUGGCCAGCGAAGCUGUGUCGGAAAGGGACUUGCGUAUGUCGAAGCAACGUUGACCUUGGCUCACAUCCUGUACAGGUUCGACUUUUGCCGCGACGAGUCGAUGCCUGUCGGAGGAGAGUAUGUGCUCAAGGACCACGUCACAUCCGCCAAAUCUGGCCCGUGGCUUCGGUUCACCAGAGCCGCCCGUGAUGAAGAGCCGCAGGCGGGUGUUGCAGAGGACUCCCGGGCGGCGGCCGAGUCCGAGAUCCGCCUUGGCCACGGUAACGAUGAUGAGGCUGCUGCUGCUGCUGCUGUUAACGCAUCGUCUACCCUUGACGACGUGCCACCUCCGCCGAACUCACCUAUGGAUGCGUCUUCCUCCCUGGAACAACAUCGUUCACAAAGCCCGGUCCUGAGCGAGUCCUCCAGGUUUUCUUGUUCUGCAUCUACUUGCUCGGAAACUUCACGCCCGGAGUCGGCGUUGAGCGCUCCGGAGCUCGACAGCCCAAAAGGUGAAAGUAAAUCACUGGAUGUGCAGGAGGUUGCUGUUGCGCAAGAAAUGCACCCAGAGACCCGUAGAAAUCUCGGCCAUAUUCUCCUUAUCGAGCUGCUUGCGAUCGAGACGCAGGAGUGGAUCGCCGAAGCCGUCCAGGCCGAGCGCAUCAUCGAGAUUGGCCCGGGAAACACUCUGACGAACAUGAUGAAAAAGACGUUACAGGCCUCGGCGGACCGUGACGAAGCCCGCGGGAUCCGUCGGCGGAUACUGAGUCUCGACAGUGACCGAGACGAGAUCUACUACCGCUUCGAUCCGGCUUCCGAACAGCCCGAGCACCCGGACAACAACGGCUCUGGAUUUGCCGGAAUCAAGACGGAGUCUUCACAACAAACCGCUGGACCGGCAGAGACGCCCUCACGAGGUUCCCGUGGCGCAUCUUCCCUCGUAGACGCGGCCCAGGAGCCGGCGGCCGCAACCACCACGGGCAGAGAUGCAACUCCAGGGGCCAUGAUUCCCGACGAGGCCAUCGACGCUUCGUCGGUAUUGGUAUCCAUCGUUGGAGCAAAGUUAAAGAAGCACCCAAGCGACAUUGAUAAGUCUAGUACCAUCGGCAAGUUGACAGGCGGCCGUUCCACGCGUUCCAACGAACUUGUUGGUGACUUGCAAGUCGAGUUUGGGGAGCAAAUACCGGACUCCGCGGCAGAACUCCCCAUCGAGGAAUUGUGCCUCAUCGUAGACAAGGCCCAACAAGCAACGGGGAGGACCGAGUUGGGCAAGACGGCCACAGGCCUCGUGUCCACCAUGCUCUCCAAUACACUCCCCGGCACCUUUGGUCCUUCGAAAGCCAGGAGCCAUCUCCAGAGCCGAUGGCGCGUGGGUCCGCACCGGCAGAACGCCAUCUUCUUGAGCGCGCUUCCAUCAACCCAGUCCGCAGGGGGCCGCAAAGGAGAUGCCGCAGAAGCCAUGGUCUUCCUUGACGAUAUAGCCGCUGCCUAUCUUGAAAAAGAGGGCUUGGAGGCACGCCAGCCGGUGGCCGAUGUUGACGCAGAGGCUGUAGCACAAAAGCAGGCCACCGAGAGGAACGACGGGCUCUACCAUGAGUUCAUUGAGAUGCUGACGAUGAACCUGGGCCGAGCAGCUACCGUGUUGGACGAGAAGGGCGCAGAAACAAACGCGGUGGAUGCGGGCCUCUGCGAUCUACGAGAUGAACUUGGCGAUACCUAUGCGCAAGGCGUUGCGUCCAUGUUCAACGUGAAGAAGCAGCGCGUCUACAAGUCGUUCUGGAACUGGGUCCCUCAGGACAUCCUCCGCCUGUCACGCAUGGCUUUCCAGCCUGGACGGGGUGCUCACAAGCAACAACAGCAGCAACAAGCACAACUAGAGUCAGUGGAAGACCUGAUGACACGCAUCGCGAACCGUGCUUGCGGCAGAUCCAUCGAUCAGCUCCUGUUUCACCUCGAGGAAGAAGAAACCAAGGUAAAAGACAAGGAAAAUCAUGAGAUCCGUCGCGUGUUGCGGUCUUGUAUGGAAGCUUGCCAGUCGUCCCUAUCUCAAGCCCCUCUCUUUGUCGACCGAGAGCCUCGACGAUCCCCCACAAUAUUUAUUACAGACAACGGAGACAUUGAAGUACGCACUGUCCCUCGGAUGCCGUCGGGCGAUUCCUUUGUGCCCAGUGUCCGAUUCUUUGGGGCCGAGGGGAAAACAUCCGAAGCCGAAGGACAGAGACUGAGCAGCAUCUAUAUGGAGGACUUGGCGAGAGCGAGAGAGCCAGGCCUUACGUUUACGGGCAAAAGCGUUCUCGUGACCGGCGCCGGACAAGGCUCCAUCGGGGUUUCCAUCGUCGAGAAUCUCCUCCGGGGCGGCGCGAGGGUCACCGUCGCCACGCGCAGCUACUCGGCCGACACCACCAAGAUGUACGCCGAUCUCUACGCCAAGUACGGCUCCCGCGGCUCAGAGCUGCGGGUCGUGCCCUUCAACCAGGGCAGCCGCCGGGACGUCGAGGCGCUGGCGGCCUACUGCUGCGGCGACGCCAAGGACGACGUGGGUGGUGACGGCGGCGGCGGCAUCGACUUCGUCUUGCCGUUCGCGGUCAUGGCGGAGAGUAACCGCGACCUGGAAGACCUCGACUCCCACGCCGAGCUGGCCCACCGAGUCGCGCUGGUCAACGUGCUGCGCCUCCUCGGGGCCAUCGUCCGCAACCAGCGGCUCGGGGGCCGUACGACGAAGCCGGUGACAGCCGUGCUCCCGCUCUCGCCCAACCACGGCCUGAUGGGCGGCGACGGCCUGUACUCCGAGUCCAAGCGGGGCCUGGAGGCCGUGUUCGCCCGAUGGAGGUCCGAGGGCUGGCACGACUACAUGGCGCUGCUCGGGGUCGUCAUCGGAUGGACGCGGGGCACGGGCAUCAUGAGCGACAACGACGUCCUCGCGCCGGGCGUGGAGGCUUUCGGCGUGCGGACCUUCUCUCGCGGCGAGAUGGCGGCCCAUAUCGUGACGAUGAUGGGUGGCAGGGUGGCGGACGCCUGCCAGUCGAUGCCGUUGAUCGUCGACCUCGGCGGGGGGCUGGCCGAGAUCCCUAGCCUGAAGGAGGCCAUGACGAGCAUCCGCCGCGGUCUCCGAGACGAAACCGAGAUCAAGAUCGCCAUCCAACGGGAAGCCGAGCUGGAUAACGCCGUCUUGACUGGGCAGUAUCCUCCGGAGGGGAACAGAAAAACCACUACUGGCCAGGGUGAAAGAAAAUCACAACUUGCACCAAGAGCGAAACUACUCCUGCCUCUACCCACGCUGCCUGACUAUAAAACCCACAUAGCCCCCCUUGCACGCUCCCUCGAGGGCAUGGUCGACCUGAGCCGCGUCGUGGUCAUCACGGGCUUCUCCGAGCUGGGGCCCUGCGGGAACAGCCGGACGAGAUGGGAGAUGGAGAAGGGAACGCCGUUGUCCCUCGACGGGUGCGUCGAACUGGCGUGGAUGAUGGGCCUCAUCAAGCACGAGCGCCGUCACCUCGGCAAGGACGCGUCCCCGCGGUCCGGUUGGGUGGACGCCGCUACCGGCGAGCCCGUGGAGGACUCCGAGGUCGGUGACAGGUACCGGGAGUGGAUCUCGGAGCACACGGGCUUACGGAAGAUCGAGCCCGAGCUGUGCGACAACGGCUACGACCCGGCCAAGUCCGCUUCGGUCCACGAGGUUGUCGUCGAGCGGGAUCUGCCGCCGUUCGAGACCAGUCCCGAGGUGGCCGAAGAGCUGAAGCGGCAGCACGGCAACCGAGUGGCGGUCUUUACGAGCAGCGGGGUCGGGGCCGGGGCCGGGACUCAUUCGGGUGCGUCUCCGACCACAGUGACGGUCCAGAUCAAGGCCGGAGCAACGAUACUGGUGCCAAAGGCAUCGCAGUUCAGUCGCUCCGUCGCCGGCCAGAUCCCCACGGGCUGGUCCGCAAAGCGCUACGGCAUCGACGAGGACCUCGUCAACCAAAUCGACCGGGCCACUCUCUACGCCCUGGUGUGUACCGUGGAAGCGCUUCUCUGCUCCGGCAUCGUCGACCCGUACGAGAUGUAUCAGCACGUCCACAUCUCCGAAGUGGGCAGCUGCAUCGGAUCGAGCAUGGGCGGCCUGUCGUCCCUGAGGAAGAUGCACAGAGACCGGUUUCUGGGUGAGCAGGUCCAGGGGGAUAUACUCCAAGAGACCUUUGCCAACACAACCGGUGCUUGGGUGAACAUGCUGCUCAUGGGCUCGGCGGGCCCUUUGAAGACGCCCGUCGGAGCCUGCGCCACGUCCCUGGAAGCGCUGGACACCGGAUACGACCUGCUCGUGCGCGGCAAGGCCAAGAUGUGCAUCGUGGGGGGCCUGGACGACUUCUCCGAGGACGUUUCGCGCGAGUUUGGCCGCAUGAACGCCACGUGCAACACCGACAGCGAGCUAGCGGCGGGGAGGACGCCGAGGGAGAUGUCGCGCCCGACCGCGUCGUCGCGGCAGGGCUUCGUCGAGUCCCAGGGCUGCGGCAUCCAGGUUCUCACCACGGCCGAGCUGGCUCUCCGGAUGGGACUCCCCAUCUUUGGCGUCGUGGCGUACACCAGCAUGGCGGCUGAUGGCAUCGGCCGGUCGGUCCCGGCACCUGGUCGAGGUAUUCUCACCAACGCACGGGAACGACGAGCCACUUCCGAAUCAGCAGCAGCAGCAACAACAGCAGCAUCAUCAUCAUCAUCAUCUGGUGCCAAGAGUCCAAACAAGAGCCUCCCCUCGCCGCUCCUGGAUCUCCGCUACAGGCGAAGGUUGCGCGACCAGCGUCUGUGGCUGGUCGACGAAGAGCUUCGCCACCGCAAAGCACUCUUGGGGCACGAUGCUAGCAGACCCGAUGGGGAGGGAGGGGUGUCGGGGAAGCCGCACGAGAGAACCUACUGGGACGAGAGCUUCGCUGUUUUGGACGAGGAGGCUCGUAGGCAGCGGGAAGACAUCGUAUACUCUCUCGGAAACGACUUCUGGAAAGCGGAUCCGACUAUUUCGCCGCUUCGCGGGUCCUUAGCAACAUGGGGCUUGGGCAUCAACGAUAUCGGUGUUGCUUCGUUGCAUGGGACGUCGACGGUGGCCAACGACGUCAACGAGGCAGCCGUCAUCCAGCAGCAGAUGGCGCAGUUGGGCCGUCUCCCGGGCAACCUGCUCCCGUGCGUGACGCAGAAAUGGCUGACGGGCCACGGCAAGGGGGCCGCCGGGGCGUGGAUGAUCAACGGGUGCCUGCAGAUGAUGGAUACCGGGCUGGUGCCGGGGAACCCGAACGCGGACGACAUCGAGCCGGAGCUGGAACGGCACCAAUACCUCCUCUUCCCCAGCGUACCCAUUCAAGUGGGCGACGGCGAGCACCGCAUCAUCAAGGCCUGCUCGGUCACCUCCUUUGGGUUCGGGCAGAAGGGUUCCCAGGCGCUGCUCGUCCAUCCCAGGCACCUGUUCGCCACGGUUUCCGAGACGUGCUACGAAGAGUACGAGGAAAAGAGGCAGAUACGAUGGCAGCGGGCGUGCCGGCGCCUGACGGAGGGCAUGGUGGAGGAAAACAUGGUUCGGGUUCAGACCGAAGGCCCGUACACUACGACAUCCCAGGCUACCGCGUUGCUCGAGCCGGCCAAGGGCCCGUCGCAUUGGCCAUAG